AAUACGCCUUAAACUUCAAAUUAUACUUUCUAUAUUUACUUGAGGACAAGGAGGUGGACUACAAUGGUUUUUCCGCCUCUAGAGGCUCUGCAGAGCAAGAAGUGGCACUAAAUACGCCUUAAACUUCAAAUUACACUUUCUAUAUUCACUUGAGGACAAGGAGGUGGACUCCAAUUAUUUCCGCGUAAAGAUCUAGCGACGCCUACAGGAGGGCCUGCAGAACAAUAAGAAGUUACACUGAAUAUGCCUUAGAGCUCACAUUAUACUUUCUAUAUUCAUUUGGGUUUUAAACACCCCUACCAAGUACUAAAUAAUUAAGUUUUUCGUAAUAAAACGAUGUCAAUAAAUCAGAUCUUCAACUAAAACAUUUCAAUAGAUUAUAAGCUCUAACUCCGUAAUACUUAAAUGUACUCAGAACCCAUUCAACCGAUAAAUAACCAAAGCUUUUUCAUGUCUUUCAGUUACACAACACGUCCGCAACUGUGGUCCGCAGAUGUUCCUGAUCAGCCGCAAGGGCGGCACUCUGCUGACCAUCAACAACUUUGUCUACCGGUCCAAUCUUAAGUUUUUCGGGAAGAAAAAUGAUAUUCUGUACUGGGAGUGCGUCCAAAACCGAUCGGUCAAGUGUCGCAGCCGCUUGAAGACCAUCGGAGAUGAUCUCUAUGUAACCAAUGAUGUGCACAACCACAUGGGCGACAACAAGCGCAUUGAGGCGGCCAAGGCGGCUGGGAUGCUGAUCCACAAAAAGUUGAGUUCCCUCACGGCCGCCGAUAAAAUCCAGGGCUCCUGGAAAAUGGAGAGCGAGGUCAAUCUGGACCAGCUGCCCAAGAUGUAACCGCUUCUCGACAUUCCCACCCAAACGUCCGAGUUCUGUUAAGGCUAAGCUAAUGUAUUUCACUAUUGUUCUUGCAAAGUAUCUUUCUUAUUUAGACUGAGUGUCCCGAGCCUAGUUAGGAUGGGUAAGUAGCCUGUUAAUAUGGGAUCUCACAGUACUUUUUUGUAAUUCGCGAAGUCCCGGGUCAUAUUAUUUAUUCUGUUCUUAUUGCUUAGACGCUUUUGGCCACGGCACUGACUUAAGCAAUGGCUUGAGUUACGUAGAAACUAUGAACUUGUAAUAAAAUCAGAUGAACAUCUAAACGAGUUGCAAUUAAAUGAUCUCGCUUACGAUUCAA